GUAACAUUUGCUUAUACUGCGUAAUAUUUAUUUACCUAGUAGAUAUACGAAGGUCCCUAGUAAAGAUCCUCAGAUCAUAAUAAGUUGUAACAGCCUCGCUUUGAUUUAACAAAUCACAUCAGGUACCUGACUACCUACCCAGGUAAGCAAUCGACAAAUCAUUCAAACCAACCAACCUCAAUCAAUCUUUCAUCUUCUUUCCUUCUUAACCCUUCUUGUCUUCAAUUCACUACCUACCUACCUUCUCUUAAGUUCAUACGAUUAUUUAAUACCUCUUCUUCCGUUUCAUAUUUCCUGUAGCCGAUUAAAAAGUUGCCGUGUAUAAGACAACCUCUUCGACCCUUGUUCAUACAUUCGUUCAUAUACACUUUCGACGUUAACAGCCGUAACGUAACUACCACUCUUUGUAAUUCUUUCAUUAUCCAGGAACACCACAACCAACCGUAUGGCCCAGGUCAAGAUGCCAGAGGCUCAAGAAAUGCUUUGUCCCUUUUGUGGGUUCAAAACAGAAAGCGAAUAUCAAAUAAUGUUACAUUUGGAAACAUUACAUGCUGAAGGACAAUCACCAUUCGUAGCAAAAGAUAGUGCAAGCGUUGUCGCCAUGGUAAAUCAAGAUGAUGUUAACUAUGCCGAUUGUCCGAUUGAUGGAUGUGGAGAAAUGGUAUUGUUUGAUGAGCUUGAUAGUCAUAUCGAGAUGCACGGAGAAGAAGAUGGAAAUAUGGACCUAGAUACUCCCGCGUCGGGGUCUUCUAGACAAGAAGUCAAGAAUGGUGCUGGUAAAGAUGCUAGUUUUGGUACGAAACUCACACACGCACUGCGAAACAUCGAUGAUGGGCAUGAUUACGAAACCCGAGAGCCACCGCCAGCGCAAGCCGGGACAAAAGCAUGGAGAGAUAUCUUGAAAAUGCCUGAUAUCACUCUGAAAUCGCAAUCCAAACCUCCUCCUGCCAAGGGUACUCGUCAGUUAGGUAAAGCAGAGCUUGGUCCCCAUGCGCAUGAGAAGCAAAUGCCAUCAUGGCUCGUGAAGUUGCUCCAAGCAGAUGGCCAGUAUAAGACGAUCAACAGGAUUAAUGCAGAUGGUCAAUUGAGGAGGGUCAAAUAUUGUCCGAAUCAAGCGGAUGGUAUCAUUCCUGUACUAUCCCAGCUUCUGGACCAAGACCGUUCAGUAAGCUAUGCUUACCUGUGUGAUCCGGCUGUUCUCCACGUUUCAAAACUCAUGAGAGAGGGGGGCUUCUGUGGCUACAGAAACAUUCAAAUGAUGUGUUCGUAUAUCGUUAAAUCCCAAUUCCCUGGUCAUAAAGUUCUCGGUGAUGUUGUUCCAACUAUUUUUGAUAUCCAAGAAUAUAUUGAGAGCGCCUGGGACCAAGGAAUAAAUUCUCAAGGUCGAAUAGAAACCGGUGGAAUUCGUGGAACAAGAAAGUAUAUUGGAACUCCUGACGCUCAAGCAAUGUUUUGCUCUCUUGGAAUCCCAUGUGAUACUGCGGCUAUGAAGACAAGAAAGGAUAGGGGAGACCCUCCAGCAGUCAAUCUUUUGUAUUCAAAGAUCGAGUCUUACUUCUUCGAUGGUGCUCUCGAUUAUAAUUGCAAAGUUCGUGACACGUCUCUGCCUCCCAUAUACUUUCAACAUCCAGGUCACUCAAUGACAAUCAUUGGAUUCGAGAAACUAACCGACGGCACGAAAAAUCUUCUCGUUUUUGAUCCGAUGUUCCAUGAUUCAUCAAAAGUCGUCAAACUUGUUGGCGGACCUGUUCGCAGCAAACAUCCUAGCGAUCUAUUGAAAGCUUAUAGACGUGGGAACAAGUAUCUGAAGAGAUACAAUGAAUUCGAGCUUCUCAAACUCGCUCCACAACCGCGGAGCAAACCGAAUUGAUGCUAUUGAGUGUAAUUUAAGAGCCAAAUUUCCCAAUGGUUAAUCCAACUGGCUGGCUGGUGAGCAUAGGAUGGAGUUUGGGUGUAUGAGAAAGGACUUGUCGAUUUCUAGCAUGGCAUCACGGUAAAGCUCACAAGGGUGACUGGCGCAAUUUAUGCAGAAUGUUAGGGAACCUCUAAUGGUUUGUUAAUAGUGUCUACGAUUUCUUUACACUAUCAAUGUUGGACUUUGAAUUCUGAAAAUACUUUUGUAAUUUAUUCACUCAAGAGACAUUGUCCGAGACUGGGAAGUCUUUAAUGUAAGAAAGACACAGGAAAGGAGAAGAUUUAUAGCGUAGAGCAUACCUAGUACAUAGGUAGUAUCUUACGAUAAACCCCAACGAGCUCGGUGUAUGAAGAUUGAAAUUGAGGACUCUUCUCAAGAGCUCUCUGCCUUCAAAUAUCACAAUCGAAAAAAUUCAAUGGAUAGUGUGUUCUAGCGCGAAACAA